CGAAUUAAUCAUAAUUCUACCCAAACACAAUUAACUAAUGAGCAAAAUAUAAUCAGCAAUGCCAAAAACCAUUUACAAGUAGAUGAUUUAGAAAACUUGCCGGAAAUGAAUGGUCAAAGCCUCCGAAAGACUUUAGAGAAAGCUCAAAGCGCCACUGAUUAUAAAAAUAAGUGGAACAAUGUUACUCAGGAAAAUAAAAAACUUAAUCAAAAGUAUCGUCAAGUUUUAAUUGACCAAGAACAGGAAAAACAAAAUUCAGAGCAAGAAAAAACUAACUACCAAACUAUUAUUCAAAAUCUCGAAAUUGCUAAAAACAAAAAGGAAAGCGAAGCAACUCACUUAUCUUCCCUACUUGCCAAAAUAGAAAAAGAACAUAAUCAGGAAUUAUUAAACCAAAAUCGCGAAUGGAAAGAAAAAUUGGAAAAAGGAAGAACACAAAACGGUUUUUUUACCAUUACUAUAAGUGGAAUUAGUUAUUUAGUUGGUAAAGGAAUUUCUCGCCAAAAACUUCAAGAAAAAUACG